AUGAGUUUAAAUUCAGAGUUUUCUAAAGACAUAACCGUUGUGUCGGUGUGCGUGCUCGUGGCGGGGGCCCCCCCCGGGGGCCCGGGAGCCCUGGGCCCGGCCCGUGGGAUGAAGCUAUUCUCCAGGAGCCAGCGGCUGACGACUGGCCGCCUGCCGUCUCCUCGGGGCCUGAGGAGCGGCACGGCCCCGGGCCCGUGGCUCCUCGCCCCCCCCCCCCCUCUCGACCCGGAGGAGGGCCCAGUCUCCCCCUCACAGCCACACCCCGGGCCUGCUCCCACUCAGUCUGCUCCCAAUCUGCGGCCGGCACACGUGUGUGGGGGGGUGUGCGGCGGCCUCACCCACGAGGGCCACACCCGGGACGUGGAGCAGGUGUACCUGCGCUGCUCCCAGGGCUUCCUGGAGUGGCUGUACCCCACGGGCGCCAUCAUCGUCAACCUGCGGCCCAACACGGUCUCCACGGCGACCGCCCGCCUCUCGGUGUGCAUCAAGCCCUCGGGCGAGUCCAGCGGCACCAACCUCUACCUGGACCGCGCCGGCAAGCUGCGGCUGCUGCUGCGCGAGCAGGACCAGGCCCACGGCAAGGUGCACUGCUUCAGCAUCCAGGAGGGGGCGCUGUUCAUCGAGGCCAUCCCGCGCACCGACAUCAGCCGGCGCAUCACCACCUUCCAGUACGAGCUGGUCAGCGACGGCCCCGGCGUGGACCUGCAGAACCAGCUGACGGCUCCCUGCCAGCCCUGCACUGAUGCGGAAAUGCUCCUAGCAGUUUGCACCAGUGACUUUGUCGCCCGGGGAACCAUCCAGAAGGUGGAACGGGACGAGGACAAGUCGUCGGUCACCGUGGCCAUCGGCCGUCUGUAUCGCCAGAAGACGAGGGUGUUCGUGUCGGGCGGCGUGCGGGCCCGCGGCUGGACGGGCCGGGUCAGCAUGCCCCCGCAGUGCGGGGUGAAGCCCGGCGAGGGGGAGUUCCUCUUCACGGGCUCGGUGCGCUUCGGGGAGGCGUGGAUGGGCUGCGCGCCGCGCUUCAGGGACUUCCUGCGCCUGUACGGCGAGGCCCAGCGGCUCGGGACCAACCCCUGUCACGUGGACACGGACUGAAGCCAGCCCCCGGGGUGGGGCGGGCCGCCGCGUUCAUGAACCAAGGGGAGGCCGAGGGCAAGUCCACCACUUGGAGGGCAAGGCCACAUUUUGAGGGGCAAAGUCCCACAUCCGGGGGUGAAGCGGAUUCCAGCGCGGCUGCGGUGGUGGGGAGGAGAAGAGGAGCCAGCGAUGAAGUCAGAUGGACUGAAUGGCGGAGGGGGGAGGAGAUGUCCCUCCCCACGACCCCCCUCCCCCCC